UUAAGUCUGACAUUUUCGAUCAGAAUGCUCAAGAGAUUGUUUGAGGUGGAUCGACUCGAUAUAUUUUCAGUGUUUUUUCGAGUUUUUAUAGUGACAAGCAACCGAGCGCUGGUAUGGAAUAUUUCAGCUAACAUCCAGGAGCAGUCCGUUCAAGUGAAAAGGUGUUUGAUGGCAUUUGGCAAGGUUUAAGAAGAACUGGUUUUGCCCAAUGAUUGUUUAACGUUCAAGAACCGAGAAGACUUACGAAGAUGAAAGCGCAAAAAAUGUAUUUUUGAUAGCGCGGAUUUGAACGUAUUCAAGUUUCCUGCAGUGGAACUGGGGGAUAUUCAAAUUAUUCCUGCAACCCUGGUAAAUGAAUGAUUUUUUAAAUGCACAGGGCGCAUGAAUCCUCAAAUCGGGUAGCAACGAGUGUACAAACAAAAAGUAUUUAGUGUUUUUAGAGGCCAACAUGAGUAGAGGAGAGUUGGGAAUUUCACGAUGGCUAGAAGCCCACACAGAUCGCAGCGCAGGCUUAACAACGUUACCAGGAAACAUGGUUCUUGCAGAUGUAGCAGGAACCGGCGACUAUCACUUGGUUCUUACCGAUUUGAAGUUCAACCAAGACACCAAAUGCCGGCUGAAGGUUUACAAAGGAACGUUGCUGGUUUCUGAUCAACCCUUGCCGGAUAUUCCCAGUUCUGUAGUGAGUUUUUAUGCUGAUCAAUUAGAGCCGAGAAUACCCGUUGUGGCUGUGGCAUGCGGAUCGGAACUGUUUGCCUACAAGAAUCUGAAGCCUUUUUACAAGUUUCGCGUGCCGUUUUGCCCCCUUGUUGAUGAGGAGGCCGGCGUUUGGACUGAAGUGACCAACAGCGAGAGUUUUGGGGCAGACAAACUAAAUGCCUUAAAGGCCAUUCCGUAUGCAAGUUUAAGUGCCAGAUCGCAAUAUAUUUUGAACCAGACUUCCCCAAUCCUCGUGGAGGAAUUGCUGCGCAAAUGUGGCAAAACCAUGCCAACUAAGGAGAAUAUAAUCACUUGUAUGGCUUCAAUGGCACGCAGCUCCAGAGAUAGAAGAGCGAUAGCUUGUCCUAUCAUAGCCACUGAGUUUGGCAGCAUUUUCGUUCUAGAUCCGCAGAAUUUCGCCAUUCUUCACCAAGCCAACACCUGCAACGUCAAAGCAACCCCCUUCAUCAUAAAAAGCACCGGGUUGUUCGAUGUGGAGUUUCGGUUGCUGAUCGCGACCAGAGAAGGGCACAUUUGCCUCCUAAGAAAAGGCUGGCUGGAAGGAAAGUGCCUCAUCCAACUCACUUCAGAUAUAGUCGACAUGGUGGCGGUGCCGGGGGACAAUUUUGUAAUUGUGGCCACUUCCGAUAAGGCUUUGCAUUGCUAUUCAAAAAAGGGCCAGCGACUUUGGUCUACAACUACAGCAAACCUUGUAACUUGCAUGAGUUUGGUUCCUUUGGAGCACAUCAGCACUUGCAUGGUGGCCAUCGGGCUGAAGAACGGCUCUAUUCAGCUCUACCAAGGCAGGCAACCAGUGGAUUUUACUUCCGUGGCCGAUUCCCCAUCGGUUAUUACAUUCGGGCAGUUGGGACAAGAGGAACAUGUUAUGGUAGUUAUUACAAUAGGGGGGUCGAUCAGCUUCAAAAUUCUUAAACGGACCGCGGAUUUUUCCUCGAAAGUACAAGAGAACUCCCCGAUGUUGCAAUCGAGGCCGCUGCCAUUGCCUAAGAGAAGCAAGCUGUUUUUGGAGCAGAGCAUUCGCGAGAGAAAGAAUGCCUUAGAGAUCCAUCAGACGUUCCAGCAAGACCUAAUAAGACUGCGCCUGUCGGCAGCCAGAGCGCUGGUUCAAAAUCUCAGCGAUCAGUCGGGAAUCGGCAAUGAAAAGGAGCAGCUCAAGUUGUCAGCGCAGGUGUUGGGGCUUGGGCCCAAAUUUACCGUUAUACUUAGUCUGGAGAACAUCAAUCCCAAUAACCCGUUGGUUGGUUUGUGUGUGACUUUUCAUGUGAAUCCUUUAUAUUAUGUACUGUCUUUAUAUGCUGCGAAGGUGCCUUUGAUACCUCCGAGUUUGUCGUAUAAGCUGGAAACCAAAGUGGAAGAAGUGAUUAAGGAAGGUGUGGAAAGUGAUGACUUACCAGUGGGAGGAGAAAAGGGAAAUUGCAAAGUAAUCCGGGUUUUUGUCACGAGGGAGCUAAUGCCUGUACCAGUGCUGGCUGCCACCAUAAACAUGCCGCCUACUGAACUGAUUGUUUAAUUAAAAUUUGGUUGCAAAAAUCUGCGUUGAUUCUUCCUUAAGCUGAGUUUUUGGCAAGUUACUUUACACCUGCAGCACACAAAUAUUACAGUAAUAUUUUUUUGCAAUAUUUAAUAUAGGUUGAAGCGACAGAUUCUUGAAUAUUAUAACA